GGCUUCGGGAUUGAGGAGACAGACAGAGAGCUUGCAACAACAGUUAUCCAGUCACUGGCGAACACUCUCAGCCCAUCCUAUUUGAAUCAAUAUGAAGACCUUUCUCCUAUCUCUAGUACUGCUGUUUUAUUUGGUUCCAUGUUCGCAGGGAGACUGUGUGGCUGAGUGCCUCACCUGUCACAAAUUCUUCUAUCAGCGCCAACACUUCAAUGCACUCGUCUGCAUUCUACAGUGCAAAGGGAAAGAUAUAUCCUCUGUUGUUUGGGAAGACUGCAGAAAAAUUACCUCCGCAUCAUCCAUGGGUGUGAGCAGAUCUCAAACCAGAAGCCUGUCUUUUGGUAAUACUGAAAGCAAUAGUCGAGUCAACUCUGCCAACACUUGGGGAUUUCUUCAAACCAUGAAGACCAUGUGGCCCAAUGACAGUGGGAAGCAUGUCUAUGAUGAUGGGGCUGAAACCACAUUUGAGAUGGACAACAGUCAUCGAGAUACAGAGAAGAAACAUCAGAUCAGAGAAGUUGCAGAGGGCAACAGAAGCUUCCAGAAAAGAUAUGGAGGCUUCAUGGGAGUCAGAAAAUCGGUUAGGAACUGGAGCAAUUUGAACAGACAGACCAAUCAAAAGAGAUAUAGCAAAUUUCUGAGGCAGUAUCUAGGACUGACAACACAUUCUACUGAGUAGGACAGUUUACUAUAAAACUUGGUUGUAUAAAUUUGAAAUUGUGGGACUGAAUAGAGCUGAUGCUUAGUCUAGAUUAUAGAGGAGUCAGCCUUAACAUUAGCUGAUGUCAUGACUAUUCUGUGAUAGUGAAACAUCUAACUCAGAUACAUGCACAGGUAAGACUUCUAAACAUAAUACUCUCUAAUGGCUCACUUAUUCAAUGAACAAAAUUAAUCUUUUGAUCUUGCGCAGUUUCACAAUGAUUUGAAGAAGUCUUGUCAUCUGUGAAAAGUGUCAAGUGAGAUAUUGGACUAGGUAGGUGGAUAAAAGUAUAUGAAGUGACUACCAAUAAUCACAUCUGCCUAAUCUAGAAAGAUUGCACCACACACACAAAAAAACGACCUGUUGGAUAUUCAAUGUAGCUACUCUGAAAAUAAGCAGUGUGUUCAAUUGGACAGGCACUCUGUGAUAAUAAGAAACUGCACUGAUAAAACUAUCCAAUUAACCCCACUCCUCUGCCAGUUUUCCAAAGCCCUGUAGCUUUUUCUCCCCCUUUCAAGUAUUUAUCCAAUUUUUUUUUUGCAAGUUGUUGUUGGAUCUGUUUCCACAUCCCUUCAGGCAGUUUAUUCCAGAGAAUUUCAAGUUGGUGUGGAAAAUAAAUGCUCCUCAUUGUCAUUGUGGGUGGGUUGCUCUUUGGAGGGUUGUGCAGACUCAAUGGGCCAAAUGGCCUCUUCUGCACUGUAGGGAUUUUAUGAUAAAGCGUGAACAUCAUAAUACAAAAAUGAUAGCAACACAUUGUAAGUGUAACUAAACAGGGCAA